CAUGUUUCAUUCAGGAGGCUCGGUCAGAAUAUGAAUGAAAAUUCGUCAGAGGAAGAAGUAACAGGUCGAGAUUGUAUGGUAGAAGCGAUUCAUGUGCCUGAUAAUAUGGGUAGAACCGAUGGAUCCUUGGUCUGAUGGUGUUCGACCAGUCGCGAGUGCACGUUGCGGCAACAGAGUCCAGUUUCACUUUUCGUGCCGAGCUGCUAAACGGCCAGAAAUCUUUCUACCGGCAGCCUUGCGAAAUCUCUCAUUGUCCCGAGGACCAGUACGAGAAUCUAUCCCUGCAUACGCAAAAAGGGAUAGAGUUCCUCGAAAGGUACGGCCAUUUCAUUCGCGAUCGAUGCGCCAUCGAGGUGGAAUAUGCGGCUAAACUCAGACGUCUUGUGAAGAGCUAUCAACCUAAGAAGAAAGAGGAGGAGGAUUAUCAAUACAGUCCAUGUCGAGCAUUCAAAAUGGAAUUGAAUGAGGUAAACGAUCAGGCAGGACAGAGGGAGGUGAUCGCGGAGAAUUUGCAAGCAAACGUACUAAGGGAAUUGAAUAUUCUCGUAAAGGAUUUUAAGGAGGAUCGUAAAAAACAUCUCCAAGAAGGGGCCAGAUUAAUGGCAAAUCUGACCGGUCAGAUUGGAAAUUUGGAGCGUGCUAGGAAAGCGUACGAAAAAGCUUUUCGUGAGGCGGAAAGAGCAGUUGAGAAUUAUCAGAGAGCAGAUGCUGAUUUGAACCUUUCAAGAGCGGAAGUCGAGAAGCAGAGGAUGAAUAUGACUUUAAAAACUCAGCAGAGUGAGGAAGCCAAGACAGAAUAUGCGAAUCAAUUGCAGAAAACGAAUGACAUGCAAACAUUGCAUUAUCACACGGCUAUGCCAGAAGUGUUUCAACAUCUUCAGGAGCUUGAUGAAAAGAGAAUAAAAAAUAUGCGAAACUACAUGCUAAAGUCUGUGGAAAUAGAACGAGCUGUGGCGCCAAUAAUCGCUCAAUGUUUAGACGGUAUUGAAAAAGCAGCAAACGAGAUCAAUGAGAAAAAAGACACAUUAUUGGUAAUCGAACGUUACAAAAGCGGUUUUCAACCUCCAGGAGAUUUUCCAUUCGAAGAUCUUUCUGUGGCUAAAACAUAUGAUAGCAAUAGUCAGUUAUCACAGCCUGUAAUGCAACCAAUACACAAUCAUCAUCUGACAGUGAAGGGUACUGUUUCUGGUAGUAAAAUUAAGAAGAGGGUUGGGCUGUUCGGCAUAUUUAGUAGCAAUAAGAAUAAUGUGCCCGGAUAUGGUGAUGGUGCGAAGGAGGACUGCAGCGAUCUACCACCGAAUCAACGCAAGAAAAGACUUCAACAAAGGUUGGACGAAAUUCAAGCAAAAAUUCAACAAGAGACUGCGGCAAGGGAUGGUUUGAUGAAGAUGAAAGGGGUAUACGAGCAAAAUCCUGCAUUAGGCGAUCCAAUGAGCAUAGAAGGACAGUUAAAUCAAUCUAGCAACAAACUGGAUAAACUCGGUGCAGAAUUGGCAAAAUUCCAAGGUUAUCUCGAAGAAGCAAUGCGCGCCGGAGUUAGUUUAUCCAGUCCCAGUCAAGCACCACGAAAACCAACUAGUAAUGGUUCUGCAACAAGACCGCUGAGUUCAAGAAGAUCCAGUCAUUCGGGAGGAGAAGAAAGUCUUUCAAGAUCAGCAUCUGAUUCCAGUGUAAGCAAUGCGAAUGCUAAUCAACCGAUACAUAAGAAAAGUGCUCCGGGUACGCCGCAACCGACACAUGGUUCCACGAAUAGCCCGGAAUCUGGUCUUGGAGAAUCGAGGACAUCCCUUCCUGGUAGUGGUGGCGAAGAAUAUUAUGUUGAUGAAAUUGAUGCUCAACCACCAUUAGGAACAUGUAGGGCUCUUUAUCCUUUCGAUGCAACUAGUGAAGGUUCUAUACCAAUGUAUGAUGGAGAAGAAUUAUAUAUGAUUGAAUUAGAUCAAGGAGAUGGAUGGACGCGUGUACGGCGUAUUUCACAACCAAUCGAAGGCUUUGUACCUACAUCUUACAUAGAGUGUCAUCUCUAUAAUACUUAGCCAUUUCUUUUAGGACGUUAAACAAUUGAGAAGUGGGGAAAUUUCAAGAUUAUUUAUGCUAUUAGUUCAAUAUGAUGGUAUACUGAACGAUUAAAAAUAGCAAUUCACAAAAAUUGGAGGUUCUAUGUUGAGGAUUUGGUGUUGAUUGAAUGGCACUAGUUUUCAGAAUGUAUUCUGGUCAAAUCAUGGGUCUAAUCCCAUAAAAAUGUCAUUGAUAUAAGUGAAAAUUAAUAUGUGCCAAUACUUUGAUUUUUGGGAGAAAAUCUCAUGACUCAUCAAAGAUUCAGUCAAUUGUUCACCCAACAUACCUCUUUUUAGCUUCUAUCAAGUUUAUUGAACAAGAAAGAACAAAGAGAAAAUAAGUUUCAUUUUUAAUAUCUAAUUUCUUUUAUACAAAAGUGAUCAACACGUUCAACUCACUUAAAUAUUAAAUAUAGUAAGAAUAGUAAGAUCCUACAACUAUUUAGAAUGCUGUUAUGUCCAAUCGUUUUAAAGAGAUUUUGUCAUACAGUACAUUUUUCUAAGAAAAAUGCUAAAAGCACCCUGAUCAUUUGAAUAACUCUAAAAAUAUGUUUCUGUAAUUUAGAUAUGCACAAGUGAACAAUUUGCAACUUCAUUAUUGAAAGUAUAAUAAAAAUAACAAAUAUCUGUCAUAUAAUACACAUACACAUAUAUGUAUAACAUAUGCUCCGCCUACAUGUCACGGAUAAAAUUACGAUUGUUGUAAUGACAUGAAGAUUUAUGUAUUUUUUUUUUUUUUUUAUUAAUUUUGUUGUAAAGCAGGCAACUCACGAAUAGAUUCACACUAUCUCCGCUGAAGUUCAAGAAACUGUUCAAUUUCAGUGUUUUUAGAAUAAAUUUUUAUCUAAAUGAUUUAUAUAUAUAUUACAAAAAAUGUUUAUUUGUUUUAAUAUAUCAAUAUUUGUUUCUUGCUUUUGCCGAUGAUAGGAAGGUGAUGUCGCUUCUUUACAAUUAUUUUUGAGUCGUUUUUUGACUUUUAUUGUUAUAUAAGUAUAUUAAUUGAUGUUAGNUUUUUUUUUUUUUUUUUUUUUUUUUUUUUUUUUUUUUUUUUUUUUUUUUAAUGCAACUAGAAGGUGAUUAGGUGGUGCUCUGUACAGCAAGUAGAUUCCGAGUAUUGAUCGGCUAAGUUUUGUUUAUGAUAUUGCCUGGAUGUGAAUUUAGUUAAGAUAUAUUGUGUACAUAUUGCAAGGGAUAUGGGAGGAGAAACAAAAUGUAUGGUACGUGUGUGAGUGCCAGGUUCGAUACGUAUCGUGCGAAGUGAUGAAUUAUUUCCAUUGCAUAUAAAUACGAAAUAGUGAUGUUGAAUUAUUAUUUUUUUUCCCCCUUUUUUUUAUAAAUAUAAAAAAAACGUCUCUAUUUCGGCAUUUUUGGAAAAAAUUCUUAGCUUCUCAGUUACAAAGCUAGAUUCGUCCUAGAUUCGAUUGCGAUGUAUCAAAAUCGUGUAGUCGUAUAUAUCGCGUAUUAAAAAUAUGUAUAUGUAUAUAUAUAAAAUCUAUAAUCACUCAUUAAAGUAUAGUCUCGGUAUAUAAGGUACGAAAGUACAUAAAUUAAAUAAUAUCAUAGCCUUUUUCUCAGCCGCGAUUGUUGCCUAUUUGGUGUAAUUUCUUUGACUCUUUAACAUACGAUUUUACUGUAAGUUUUGCUGCAUUUUGCAAUCGAUCGUAAACAUGCGCCUCGUGUUUUCACGAUUUUUUAUAAUUUAUCCUUAAUCGUCAAAGAAUAAGCAUCGAGAAUUUUUAGAUUUUGCGAGAGUCGACAGUAUUUUCGCAUGCGGUCUUUGAUGUUGAUAGAAAAUUAAUCGCAAUACUUUUUGCUCGUUGAUAGGCUGUAUCACUUUAUAAAAGUGAAAAGAGAAAAUCAUUAGAUAACGAUGAAAAGAAAAAAGAACGAUAUCCUUACGUCUACCUUAAUUCUUAACAUUCAACUGCGUCCAUUCUAUGUAUAUUUUGUGAUUUUAUAUCCAUGAACAAGUAUUGUAGAUAAUUAACUCCGUGACUCAUUAUACGUUUAAUUAUUAUUAUUAUUAUUAUUAUUAUUAUUAUUAUUAUUAUUAUUAUUAUUAAUUAUUAUUAUUAUUAUUAUUAAUAUUGAAAAAAU